UAGCUCUAGGGCUUCGCCAACAAAUUUUGUACAGCUCGUAGCGCCGUGUAGCGAGUCAAGAGAACACGGAGUGCAUUGGAUCCUUUCGCUUCCCAGAGUCUCACAUCAAACCGGCGGCGGUUUGUGAGUAAAAGGCUCAACAGACAUCCGGCUUGGGCACUCGAGCAACAUCAUGGUGUUCGAAGGGACGGGCCUGGCCAUGCCCGAAAGUUAUGGACCCCAGCAGCCAGCUUUCCACAUCGGAAAGCAUGAUUCGAAGCGAGACUCGCCUCUCACGGAUCUCCAAUAUGGGUACCUUCUCAAUCAGGGGAUCAGCUUCGCGACGUCUCCCAUCACCAACAGCCACUUCAAGAAGAGAGUCUUUAAGCUAGUCUCGGACCACCUCGAGCUUCUGAGUAAAAAUGGCGAGUCGGGCACCAGCACCGUCACCGCCUCGCGGGCGGAACCGAUCCUACCGCCCCUCACCCCGGAGGACACCUCCCUGUUCCCCUCUGCCGCGGUCAACACGUACACGGCGUGCAUCAGCCCCUGGAUCGACCUGUGCUCCACCGAUCCCAUUGUGUCCAGCAUCUCGCGCCAGGUGCUGAACUUGGAGAUCAACUACGCCAACUUUUGCGGCGUCCGCAGCAUCAUGAUCACUGGACCCGCUCGCGAUGCCUCCAAGGACGGUGGGAACCAGGGGUUGGCCCAGUACUCGCGGGCUGUACAAGAAGCUCUCAAGAUUGGAAGCACCUUGGCCUUUUUGGUUCACAUGCCUAUGUAUAGAGAGCCCGUGGUGGGCUCGGAGCACGACACCCUCUCUUCGCUUUGUCCGCAGGCAGGCACACACACCUCCGCCGCGAAGAGCAUAGACCUUUUUGGUGCUUGGGACUCAUGGCACCAUAUUCGAUCGGUGUGCAAUUACAGUCUCAGACUUUUUGUCGCUCUGAAGCUGCCCAAGGUCAUGCCGGAAAAGGACCUGCAAAAUAGAUGGUUCGCAGAGCCCCUGCAGUAUCUGACCAUCGGUCCUGAGGUAUUCCAGACGAACAAAGGCGGAUACCCCUGUUUGUCGAAACAUCAUCAGGACCUCAUCUUCACGUCCAUGCGCUUAAAGGCGUAUCCUUGGCUUCUGCUCUGCGACGUCGGCCCAGACGCGUCCCAGUUCAGGCCAAGCUCACCUUCUCUACUGGCACAAAAGCCGCCAGUCACGGACGAAGAGUUCCCGAGCCUGUCCGCGGCGCACGCGCCGGCCAGCGCAACCAACUCUCAGGCGCCCCGUGGCAAUGCGCACAUGGCGUAUUUGCAGUGGCUCGAGUCUCAGCAGCCGGUGUUCACCGCUCUUGAGUCGACGACCCUGACGAGCUUCCAAGACUGGCUGCAGUCGCCGCUGCAGCCCCUAUCGGACAAUCUCGAGUCCGCCACCUAUGAGGUAUUCGAGGGCGACCCCGUCAAGUACGACCAAUACGAAGCCGCCGUCAUCGAGGCCUUGACGGAAUGGAAGGCCCUCGGACUGCCGACGUCCAAGCUCGGUGUGGUGGUCAUCGCAGUGGCCGGCUCGGGCCGCGGUCCUCUGGUCACGCGCGCGCUCAAGGCGGCAGAGUUUACUGGUGUCGCCGUUGAGGUGUGGGCAGUUGAGAAGAACCCCAAUGCCUACGUCUACCUGCUGAGGCAGAAUCAGACGGUCUGGGGCGGCAAGGUGAACGUGAUCAAGACGGACAUGCGCGCCUGGAAGGGCCCGAUCGUGUCGGAGUCUGCAGAGGCAGGGCCGACGUACGGCAAGGUAGACAUCCUCAUCUCGGAGCUGCUCGGCUCGUUUGGUGACAACGAGCUGUCCCCCGAGUGCCUGGACGGCAUCCAGCACGUCGUUGCGCAGCCGCACGGGAUUUCUAUUCCCAGCUCCUACACGGCGCACUUCAGCCCCAUUUCCACGCCCAAGCUAUAUGCCGACAUCCUGGCGAGGUCUGCCACCGAGGAUACGGCGUUUGACACGCCCUGGGUGGUGCGACUGUACGCGUUGGACUUUGUCUGCCAACGGGUGCCUGGACACCCCCGCUUCCAGCAGGCGUGGGAGUUUUCUCAUCCGAUACCAGAGUCGACGCUCGCGGCUGUGCAGGCACGUCGCUCAGGGGGCGUCGUUGGCGGCGGCGGCGGAAGCAUGGCGGGCGCGGCCGGCGCAAACGAUCACAACUCGCGGUAUUGCCACGUCACGUUCGUAUGUCGCGCGCGGGGCGUCAUUCACGGCCUGGCGGGCUACUUUGAGUCUACGCUGUACGAGUCGAGACUGGAUGAGCACAAGGGCGCCAAGGUGGAAAUCAGCACGCAUCCGGAGCGCAUCGACGCGAAGAGCAAGGACAUGAUUUCGUGGUUCCCCAUCUUCUUUCCACUCAAGAAACCAAUUACCUUCCCGGCAGACACGGAGCUGGAGGUGAGCAUGUGGAGGCAGACGGACGACAGUAAGGUGUGGUACGAAUGGCUUGUGGAGGCGUGGACGUGGGUUGGGCCGUCGACGAGAAUCAAGGUUGGGUCAUCGGACCUGUGCAGCAGCCGAAAUGUCGCAUGCUUGAUGUAGGGCAUCGGAGGAACUGGAUGGCAGGCGGCAUGUCAGGCGCGGUUGGUCCGGGAUCGGACGUGGCUUCGAGAAUAGACGACAAGGCGACACAGGCAAGACGGCGAGGAGGAGGAAGGCGAGCAGCAAGCAGCGCAAGGUGCGCCAAAAGUUUGUGUAGACAAAAUCCGGUGUGAU